GAGGCGGAGCCUGAAAAAGCUGUGGCCUGCCGGGCCCGCCCGCUUUUCCCGUGCAAUCUCAGGGGAUGCUCGCAAACUUUGAUUUUCCACUCUAGAACGGGUAUCUAGAUCACCAUGGCGACUGGACAGAAGUUGAUGAGAGCUAUUAGAGUUUUUGAAUUUGGUGGACCAGAAGUGCUGAAACUCCAGUCGGAUGUUGCUGUACCAAUUCCAAAAGACCAUCAGGUUCUCAUCAGAGUCCAAGCAUGUGGUGUAAACCCAGUGGACACAUACAUUCGCUCUGGCACUCACAAUAUAAAACCACCUCUACCUUAUACUCCUGGCUUUGAUGUGGCUGGGAUAAUAGAAGCUGUUGGAGAGAGUGUAUCUGCUUUCAAGAAAGGUGACAGAGUUUUCACUACCAGGACGAUCUCUGGGGGUUAUGCUGAGUAUGCUCUGGCCGCCGAUCACACUGUUUACACACUGCCAGAAAAACUGGACUUUAAACAAGGAGCUGCCAUUGGCAUCCCAUACUUUACUGCUUAUCGAGCUCUGCUCCACAGUGCCCAUGUGAAACCUGGAGAAAGUGUUCUGGUUCAUGGAGCUAGUGGAGGAAGAGGAGAUGGAAGGAAGUAA